AUGACCUGGAAGAACUUAGUCAGAGUACCUGAAAUUGAUAUAGAAAACGCUAAAGGACUAUCUGACUCGCAGAUGGAAGAGUUAAAGGAGCAGCUAAAUAAUUUAGCUAAAGAACGAAUUGGAUAUGAGGUUUUGUAUGAACUGGCAGAAUUUGUUAGGGGAUACCUACACAAGUACAAUCGACCACAGUUAUCAUUCUACGCUUUAAUGGUUAAACAGCAGGAGGAUGAAAAGAAAAAGAAAAACUUAGAAGAGUUCCAGGAGAGUGACGAAAUCAUUCAAACGAGAAUAGAUGGUGAUAAAGAAGAAAUCAGACGACGUGGUAACAAAAUUAAAUUUAAAGUAAUGGGAGAAGAAAGAAAUAUUCAAAUUGGCAAACUAACGGGUAAAACUGACUUCGGAUACUAUAAGUUCGCUGGUAUUGAUUGCAAUACGGGUGACAUUAUAUCUUUACUAGCCUGGCAAUUAAAGCCUAUCAAAAGUGAUAAUAAUUCGCUACUUAGACAGAUUAUAGAGUUAGAGCAGGAGGUAAACUCAAGAUUGCCUCCAAGUCAUCCAAAUAUUAUCGGCUUUUUAGGUGUAAAUCAUGUAAUCUCAAACGACUAUAUUCAAAUUCAGGUACUAUCUGAGCAUAUACCUAUCAGUAGUCUAGCCGAUAGGAUAGGUAAUAACCGUGGUCUAGAUUUAGAAGAGUUGCGGUAUUAUACGAGACAAAUAAUGGAGGCAUUACAAUUUUUACAUAAUAAAAAGAUCUAUCACGGAUAUUUAACAGCAUCCUGUGUGCAUGUAGAUUCUGCAGGCGAAAUCAAAUUAUCUAAUUAUGAAUUAAGUGAAAGAUUUCACUCGCUAUCUGAAGAUUUUGCGGGUGCUACAGGCAGUGUAUACUCUGUUUCUGACGAUAUCUUCCGUUUAGGCGUUUUGUUGUUAUCACUUUAUAAGGGACAACAAGUGCGUGCAACAAGUCGAAGUUCCGUCAAUAUUCCUUACCAUUUGCCGAAGGAUUUUGCUGACUUCUUAGCGAAGUGCUUUAAGGCUGAUAAUCGAGAUACAAUCAAAGCUUUAUUGUAUCACCAAUUUGUUGUCUCAGACUAUAAAUCGCUGACAUGGAGUGCUUAUCCGUCACUAGAAAGCAAAGGUCUUACAGAUGAUAAUAUCAGCACGUCUAAGACGACCCUUUCUACAAAUUCUGCUGGUUCACGGUUGCAUGACGAAUUCUCAACUAUAGAACUUCUUGGAAAAGGCGGUUUUGGUGAUGUUAUGAAGGUUCAGAAGAAACUCGAUGGUUGCUACUAUGCAAUUAAAAAGAUAAAGCUAGAUGCCAAUUUUGCUAAAAAGAUAUUACAAGAGGUUUUAGUAAUAUCUCGUAUGCAUCAUGAAAAUGUUGUAAGAUAUUAUAAUUCUUGGAUCGAAACAGAAACUAAAGAAGAAAAAGAAUCUAAUAGCAGUAAUGAGGACAGUACGGAAGACCUUGAAGAUGUUAUUAAUGUACCUGGGAGAAUUCAACUAAUAACUAAGCCGGAAGUUAGUUCUAGCAUGGACUUCAUAGAGUUUGUAAGAGAUGAUGAGGACGAUGCAGAAUGUGAAGAUGAUGAUUCCGAUGAGUUCAUUGUAGAUAAGAUGGAGUACUGUGAAAAGAACAACUUGCGAACAGUAAUUGAUGAAGGCAUUUACAAGAAUGAGGAGAAACUUUGGCAAUAUUUUGGUGAGAUUGUACAGGGUUUAGCCUAUAUUCAUGAACAGGGUAUCCUGCAUCGUGACUUGAAACCUGGUAAUGUUUUUAUAGACUCAAAAGAUCAAGUCAAAAUUGGUGAUUUUGGACUUGCUCUUGAACAUCCGAUGUUUAGCCGGUCUAACUCUGUAGGCAAUAACUUAAAAAGUAUGGAAGAUGGAAGUUUCUCUGCUUAUGAUCAUAAUUCUGGUGCUGUUGGAACAACUUUGUAUAGAGCUCCUGAAAUCACUCAGUCUAGUGUGUUAAAAUUCAGAUACGAUGAAAAAGUUGAUAUGUACAGUUUGGGUAUCAUUUUUUUUGAAAUGUGCCACCCACAAUUUGAUACCGGAAUGGAAAGAUAUUCGGUCAUAAUGAAAGUGCGACAGUCCGAUAUUAUCCUACCAGAAACAUUUCAAGAUUCCAUAGCAGCAUUUGAAACGAAAGUAAAAUUAAUCAGAAUGUUACUUAAUCAUGAUCCUAAGAAAAGGCCGACGGCUCGAGAUUUGUUCACGAGUCGUCUUAUACCGUCUGAAGUUGAUGACCAACAAUGUGAAUUGGUUAUACAGCAAAUUGUUUCCAACAGGAGCACAACUACUUAUCGUAAUUUGAUAGAACAACUUUUUCGGCCUAUCGGAACUCCAGGAGAUGUACCUGCUGAUUAUGCUUACAACUUGAAGACUCAGUUUCAACAGCAGGAUAACAUCAAAUUCACCAACAUUUGCAAUGCUAUUGAAGAGAUUUUUCGUGAGCAUGGAGCUAUUAACGUCAAUGUACCAUUGUUAAUGCCUUGGACAAGAGGAUAUGAUCACAAUGAUACAACCGUAACUUUAAUUGAUGAAUCUGGAACUCUGGUAAUGCUACCUAGGCGAUUAGAGGAGAAUUUUGCGCGCUUUGUUGCUCAUAAUCGAAUAUAUGAACUUAAACGAUAUUAUAUUGGUAAAGCUUAUUCUAAAUCAAGAUAUGGUGGCUCGAUUCCCGAUGAAAGAAAUGCUUGCACCUUUGAUAUAGUCUCAACAACUAAAAAGAAUGCCUUAACUAUCGCGGAAGUAAUUUGUGUUGCGUCGGAAGUUUUGAAGUUAUUCCCUUUGCUACAGGCUCAAGAUUAUUCAAUUCAUUUAAAUCAUACGACGCUUCUGCGUAAUAUUUUGAGCCACUGUGGGAUAGAGACUCGCCUUCAUAGCCAAGUUAUUAAAAUCUUUAGUAGUACAAAGAAACAAACAAUUGAUAGCAAAUUUAUGAAAAAACAGCUGCAUGGUCUCGGUCUGUCUGACGAAACGAUAUUUAAGACAAUCGACAUUAUGAAUUUGAGCCUUCCGCCGGAGCCAUUCGUCGUGGCGCUGAAGAGAUUUUACAAUGAACGAAUAUCUGAAGAAGAUUCAAAUGCUUUAAAUAACUUAUGUGAAAUAUAUUCAUUGGCUCAAUUAUUAAAUGUUGAUCAGAUACUUAUCUCUUUUAGAUUUACUCACGGAGCAAACAGUCGAUUUUCUGGACCAUUUUUUAAUAUAACAUAUAGUGAUUCUAGUAGAAGCAAACGAUUAUUCGAUAUUAUUGCGAGUGGUGGUAGUUAUGAAAAAUUUAUCGACAAAUUUAGCCGGCGUGAAGAUAGCAUUAAUUAUUACGGAGUUACAUUUUCGAUUGAUAAGAUGUUAGCGUGGCGUCACCAAAUGACUGGAAACUCACUCUGUGAUAUCUUAAUAUUUCCUUAUCGCGAAGGCGUUCUAGAUAAUGACAUUAUAGAAUUAGCAGGUGCACUUUGGGAUGCUGGUUUUAGAGUUAAGCUUCAGUACGAUUUUUAUGAGAGCGAUUACGCUGAAAAGCCAGAUAUGGCUAGUGUCACUUCUGACUUAGAUAAGACAGCUUUAGCCUAUUGCUUAAAAAUGGGUAUUUCAUUCCUGGUUUUAUUGCAAAGGCCAGGACACGUUAACGUUUAUAAAGUUAGCAACGAAUUAUCGCCGAAGACAAAGAAGAUAUCAGAUUUAUAUACGUUCUUUAUGGAAAAAAUUGACAUAUUCAGAAAUAAAAAUGCGCUAAAUUGUAAAAUGGAUUCUGCGAUUCAAAAGCAGCUUAAUCCUAGUCAAGACUAUUCCUAUGUCAACGUAACUUUUAUUACCUUGGAAAAGGUACUUGGCACUGCUAGAAAGAAGUAUGAAGCUCAGAUAAAAGCUCGAAUUGCAAAGGCUGUAACGAAAUAUGGUCGCAAAGCCGCUAUCGAAAUUAUAGCAACUGAUUUAUGUAGUGAUUAUCUACCUGACAUUGCCGAAGUAGAUAUAAUGGCAGACGACUCAACAUACAAAUCUAUUCUCCGUUCUAUAUGUGAAAAACACCAGCAGGCGCGCAAAGAAAUCCAAAACAUCUGCGAUGAAAUUCGAAAAAUUAAGUUUCCUAAAAGCGUACCAGUUUAUUUAUAUAAUUUUUGGGAUAAUAAAUAUGAAGUACUGAUUCAAACAUGA